UUAUGACGCAUAGUAAGAAAUGUGGAAUGUGGAGGAGUCUUUACUGUUUUAAUUACAAGUGGCAUAGCAAAGAUUACUGUGAAGAUAGCAGCACUUCAACACGCGCCGCCCCGUUGAUAUACCGUCAGAAUGGAAUGGCCUUGGCAAUCUAUCGACUGUGUAAACAGACCAUAGGCGCCGCACCCACCCAGCAGUGCGCGUGUGGGCAGAGCUAGCAAGGCGAUGCGGUUGUUCCCCCUACAUUGACCAUGAAUUCGAAGCAGUACAUCAACUGCAGCAUCAGCCAUGAGAUCCACCAGUACCUGUUCUCCUGGGCCUACUUAUUGGUUCUGCUGCUGGGGAUUCCUGCCAAUGUAUUCUCCCUCUACCACGCUGUGCUCCAGCUCAAGGUGCGUAACGAGCUGGGCGUGUACCUGCUGCAGCUGACCCUGUCAGACCUGCUGUACCUGGCCUCGCUGCCCCUCUGGCUGCAGUACAUCUUCCAGGGGGACGACUGGCGCAACACGGAGUGGCUCUGCCAGGUGUGCGGCUUCCUGCUCUAUCAGAACAUCUACAUCAGUGUUGGCUUCCUGUGCUGCAUCUCCUUAGACCGCUACCUGGCAGUGGUCUACCCUCUACGCUUCACCGCUCUCCGCAGCAUGAAGGCCGCCGCCAUCGCCAGCGUCGCCAUCUGGCUCAAGGAGAUUGCCGUGGGCGUGGUCUUCUUCCACCACAGAGAGCUGAGCACGGACAGGACUAACCAAUCGGUGUGCUUCGAGCACUACCCCAUGCAGGCGUGGGAACACCCAAUCAACUACUACCGCUUCAUCGUGGGCUUCCUGUUUCCACUCGCCAUCCUGGCCUUGUCCUAUCUGCGCGUCCUGAAGGCGGUGGGGAAGAGUGCGGGGACGCAGAACGCCCAGAAGCAGCGCAUCAAGCAGCUGGUGACCAGCACGGUGGUGAUCUUCCUGCUGUGCUUCUUCCCCUACCACGUCUUCCUGCUGGUGCGCACCCUUCUGGAGAAGGACUGCGACUUCAUCGUGAGCGUCUUCAACUACUACCACUUCUCGCUGCUCCUCACCAGCUUCAACUGCAUCGCCGACCCCGUGCUGUACUGCUUCGUGAGCGAGGCGGCCCAGCGCAGCCUCCAGGGGGCGCUGAGCUCCACGGCCAGGGUUUUCUGCUGCUGCUGCGGGCGGCGGGGGGAGGCUAGCCCCGCCCAGCCGCAGACCAGCGACUCCAACGAAGUGGCGGCCUCCAACGAGAACGGCGCCGCCGCCGCCGUCGUCGUCACCCUGCUGCACUCCAUCAAUGUGGAGAUGUAGGCGCCAAGGGUACCACACGCACAUUCUACACACACACAAGCACACUCACACACACUUAUCAGCGGCCACAGCAACGGGUGUGUCCGUAUGCUUUCGGAGAAAUAGACAGAAAGCUGAUAUCGUGUCAUAGUGUUUAUGUAACGUGCUAAUAUAAUGUUUCUGUUUAUGUCAUGCAAACUUACUUCCAUGUUGAGCUUCAGACUCACAGAACGUGACGUUGCCAUGACGUUGCCAUUCGAGUCCCUUGGUUGUGGCUGGUCAAACACCACCAGAGCUCCAAUCUCAGGGUCAGGUUCAUAUCUAACUGAGGUGUCUGUGUGGGUCCCGCUUCACUCAACCCUCACACCUGGUUUGCCCUGUCAUAUACUUCACUUUAACCAGGAUCCCUUGUUCUGCCGCAAAGGCAUGGAAUUGAUCAAAGAGACAAACUGGCCAGUGAAAGAGGUUGGCUUUCUCAUUAUCAGCCAUUGACAUGGUUGUGUAGCCAGCCAAUCACCGUGCAGGGCUGUAAGAUCUUCCUCUUUGUUUACAUAAGUUAAUGUCCAUGCGUGGCUGUGUAACCUAAUUAUGAAGUUUAUUAUAAAAAAAUUGACCUGUGGAGUUAUGUUGAAAGUAUAUUUUUGUAAGAAGUAUGUAUUCUGAGGUGUAUAGUGAUGUCUUCCUGUUGCUUUCGAUACUCCUUGUUUGUGGUUUAUGCCUUCCUUUGGCAGUUAUUCUGACAAACGUUCCUUGAGAAAUGUGAGAAUGGCUUGUGCAGUAUGCGUGAGUCAAGCGAUUCAUCGUCCAUGUGUGUCUGUUUGUAUGCUUGUGUCUCUGAUCUGCUGCCAUAUCCAUUUGACAUUCUGAGGUGUGUAUGAAAACUCCUCUUGACUUCAUGGACAAUGUUCUCUCUGUCUGUAUGUCAGUCAGUAUGUCUAGCUCUUUACAUGUAAUAAACCAGACUGUACUACAAUUACAAA